UUGUGUUCUCGGCUGGCAGCAUGCUCCAGUUCCUGCUUGGAUUUACUUUUGGCAACGUGGUUGGAAUGUAUCUGGCUCAGAACUAUGACAUACCAAACUUGGCUAAAAAACUUGAAGAGAUUAAAAAGGAUUUGGAAGCCAAGAAGAAACCCCCUAGUUCCUGAUGCCCACUCCAGCCCUACGUUCUGGAUACUCUGAUUCUGCCGCCCCUGAGGGGCCUCCUGUACCAUCUGAUCCCAAAGCUUUUGUUUUCAUCUCCAGCCACAGCAAUUUUCUUCUUUGAUAGAUCCAGUGUUGCCUCAGAGCAAAAGUGGGGCCAUAAGUUAAGAACUACCCUUUAUGUGUCCAACAGCCUUGCCUUUUCCCCCGCCCUUCCUUCCAGCUGACUGGAAUUAUGGUGCUAGUUUAGCAAAGUCGCUUCUCCCCUGUUGUUUGGGAUUUCUACUACCUUUUUUCGAAAGAAAAAUUAGUGAGUUUUUUGUAUAGCUGAUCAGAUACAAAUAAUGCUAACUUCAUAGUUUUGCAGUUAUAAU